AUGGCUCCUCGCGAAACUAUUGUCAUCGAUGCGAAUCCACCUGCCUAUCCCGGCGGCUAUGGCAGCAUCGAGCCUCGGGCCAUCGAAGUGCACCACCAUUACACACUGCGCGCGCGCGACUCACGAUCGGCUGCUUGCUGCAGGGCCCUCCUUGUACUCAUUCUUGUACUCUUUGUCGUCGGGUCCUUUGCUAUCGUCGCGUUCGUAGCAUGGAACUACCACGAGGUCGCUGAAUGCGAAAAGCAGCGGUUGCCAUGGGAGAAGCCUUGCAAAGACUGGCUGGGUAAAGAUCCCAAGGACUGGAGAGGUCGGAAUCUGGCUGCAUAA